GUGCCGAAGACUUGAACUGUUUACAAGAAGCAGACUUAAGCAAAGUAAUAAGCAGGCUUUUGUGGGAUAACAGCGUAGUUUGAUCUGUCCACACUGUAAUUUAAUAGUAAGAGAAAACACAGUUAACCAUCGGUGCUAGUUUGUUAACAGUUAACUCGCGCUGAAACAAAUCGUCGCUGCAUUGCUAGUAAAAGAGGCUAAAAUGGUUCGUUAGCUAAACGAGCCAAAGCAAUGUCAAGCAACAACCUGCCCCCUGUGCGGCAUUUGCCACAAUGGACCCGGGUUGGGCGCCUCGGGAAGCCCUGCUCUCCACGGCGUUUACUGGCGAACCACCAGGGACAGCCGGUGCCUGUGGCCCCAGCGACGGACAGAGGAGUGUGGAGGUCAGCGGCAGAGGAGUCCUGUCACAGCGACACGGACCCCCGCGUCGCUUCAAUGCAGAGGAAUAUCCAGUUCCUCCAGCAGCAACACAAGGAAACUCUGGAGAAGCUCCAUGCAGAGAUAGAGUAUCUCAGACGGGAGAAUAAAGAGUUGCAGUAUAAGAUGAUAAUGGAGCCUCCCAAGUCAAGCACAAAAGGAAUGACACGCAGUCGAAGAGGCAUUCGACCACCGACUCAGGGAAGUGAAGCCCGUACAGGACUCUACCUGGAGGAGCCGCUGCAGGACACGCGACCCUCACAGGACCAAGCACUAAGCAUUGGACAGGGAAGCGAAAUUUUGGGAUCUGCCAGGCAGGAGCGUGAACCAGAGUUGAAGGGGGGCCUCAUCACUUCAUUACAACCUCUACGAAUUCACAGCAAUCCCUCCCAUCCACCGCGCACUCCCACACUACAGGAGUGUGAGGUCAUUAUCCGGCAGCUCUACAAUGCGAACAGUUUACAGUCUCAGGAAAUUAUACGUGUGAAGGCAUUGCUGAGAGAUAUUGUUCUGAGCAAGAAAAUCACCCCAGAAAACUACAUUCUGACAAAGGCCUACCUUGUUGAUGGUACCAGAAAAUCUUCAGAAGAAAAGAAAUUUCCAAAACUUGGUCUUCAAACAUUUCCAGAAAAAACUUCUGGACCCUCUAAGUCAGGGGUGGUCCUCCCAGCCCUCAAACAGAGCCUCAGCUCCACCAUCGCAGAAAGACAGAGGAGGACCCGUGCUGUGCAGAAAGAUCGUUUCAAAAGGAUGGUGCAGUGACACGAUCAGAACUCCCACAACGUCAGCUACAUCUGUCUCAGGACUGCAGCUUGCCACUGUUGUUCUGAAAAGCCUCAGUUAGAAAAAUGGACUGUACGUAUGUAUGUCCCAUAUUUUAUUUUAUUUUAUUUUAUUAUAUCAUUUUUUAAAGAUGAUUAAGGGGUACAAAAUGUACUCAUGGAGGUCUAUAACAUGAAAAGAUUGAAAUAGGUCUUUGGCCUUAAACGUUUUUCAUUUUGCACACAAAAAGAAAAGGAAAGACUGUCUCAAAUCAAGCUUUGCAUUGUUUGGUAAAUUUAUUUAUUAAUUACCAAAUAAUGCAUUUUGGGACAUUUGAAGUAUUAAAGUUCAACAUUUCUAACUUAACACUGGCUGCUUGUUUUCAACAAGCUGAGUCAGAUUUCAGCUCAUUUUAGUUUAGCUUUUUGCUACACUUUGUUGUAAUUCUGAUGGAAGAACUGUUGUAUUAUGUGUAACUAUAUAAAACUAAUUACACAUAUAAUACAGCAAAGUAUUAAAAACUCAAAACAACCUAAGUUAAGCUUCUAUAAAUACAUGCAAUUCGUAACACAAAGAAACUACCAGGCUUAUUUUUCAGGCAGUUUUUUCAUUGGUUUGUGUUCACGUUGUAUGGUGUAUCUGGCCAGUGUGAUACCAGUCAAGCACUACAGUACAACUGAGCACAACAAUACAAAACUAUUAAAUUGUCUUGAUUAAUGAGCGCUACCUGUUUUUUUUCUCCCAGACUUGUACUCCCUCCUGUUCUUUUCACAGAUAACGUUCAGCUUUGGCCAAUAAUUUUAACAAACUCACAGCUGUGUGAAUGUCAAAAUUUAAAAGCACCUGGACAGCUUUCAUAACAUGAAUUGAAACUUUGCUUGUACUUGUGCAACAAAGUAGGGCAGGUAAAGAGCUGCACGCAGACAGGCGGGGCAGACAGCUCCUGGCAUGAACCUGGCAUAGCAAACUACAACUCUAAAUCCUUUACAAAGAAAUGUAUAAUAAAAUAAUAAUAUAGCAUUCUGAUGUGUCAAUGUCAGCAUACAACUUAAUACU